GCGCGGCGGCCGCCGCCGCCGCCAUAUAAAAUAAAAAGGCGGUCGCGCGCGCCUCUCGGGCCGAGACGACGUCCGACCGCCGCCUCCGCCAACGCCGCCAUGACACGCACCUCGCUCUGCCUGCUGCUGCUCGCCCUGGGCGUCGCGGCCGCAGUGCGCGUGAAGCGCCAGGACGACGACCUGGAAUCGGACGACCAGUCGGUGGACGAGCUGUGUGAGAACCGCCCGCCCGACGAGUACUUCCGCCUCAGCACGGACGGCGACUGCCGCGACGUCGUCAGGUGCGACCAGGCCGGAGAGAACGGCAUCACCCGGCUGGCGUCGGUGAGGUGCCCCAACGGCUUAGCUUUUGAUAUAGAUCGACAGACGUGUGAUUGGAGAACCAAUGUUAAAAACUGUGAUAGAGUAGAAAAGCCGCGCAAGGUGCUGCCAAUCCUCAAGACAGACGAGCCGCGCUGCCCCGAGGGCAAGCUGUCCUGCGGCAACGGCGAGUGCAUCGACAAGGAGCUCUUCUGCAACGACAAGCCCGACUGCAAAGACGAGUCUGACGAGAAUGCCUGCACCGUGGACCUGGACCCCAACCGCGCGCCCGACUGCGACCCCACGCAGUGCGUGCUGCCCGACUGCUUCUGCUCCGCCGACGGCACCCGCAUCCCCGGCAGCAUCGAGCCCAACCAGGUUCCUCAAAUGAUCACCAUCACCUUCAACGGCGCCGCUAACGUGGACAACAUCGACCUGUACGAGGAGAUCUUCAACGGCCAGCGCCAGAACCCCAACGGCUGCCAGAUCCGAGGCACCUUCUUUGUCUCGCACAAGUACACCAACUACUCGGCCGUGCAGGACCUGCACCGCCGCGGCCACGAGAUCGGCGUCUUCUCCCUCACGCACAAGGACGACCCCAACUACUGGACGCAGGGCUCGUACGACGACUGGCUGGCCGAGAUGGCGGGCGCGCGCCUCAUCAUCGAGCGCUUCGCCAACAUCACCGACGGCUCCAUCAUCGGCAUGCGCGCGCCCUACCUGCGCGUGGGCGGCAACAAGCAGUUCGAGAUGAUGGCCGACCAGUUCUUCGUGUACGACGCGUCCAUCACGGCGCCGCUGGGCCGCGUGCCCAUCUGGCCGUACACGCUCUACUUCCGCAUGCCGCACAAGUGCAACGGCAACGCCCACAACUGCCCCAGCCGUAGCCACCCCGUGUGGGAGAUGGUGAUGAACGAGCUGGACCGCAGGGACGACCCCACCUUCGACGAGUCGCUACCCGGCUGCCACAUGGUGGACUCGUGCUCCAACAUCCAGAGCGGCGACCAGUUUGCGCGCCUGCUGCGCCACAACUUCAACCGCCACUUCAACUCCAACCGCGCACCGCUCGGCCUGCACUUCCACGCGUCCUGGCUCAAGAGCAAGAAGGAGUACAAGGACGAGCUCAUCCGCUUCAUCGAGGAGAUGCUGGACCGCAACGACGUCUACUUCGUCACCAUGUUGCAGGUGAUCCAGUGGAUGCAGAACCCGACGGAGUUGACGGCGCUGCGCGACUUCCAAGAGUGGAAGGAGAAGUGCGACGUGAAGGGGCAACCCUACUGCUCGCUGCCCAACGCCUGCCCGCUCACCACUCGCGAGCUGCCUGGAGAGACCCUGCGCCUCUUCACCUGCAUGGAGUGCCCCAACAACUACCCCUGGAUCCUCGACCCCACGGGCGACGGCUUCUCGGUCAAGAAGUAAGCCCUCCUCCCUCUCCCCUUCCCCCUCCUCAACCCCCACCCCCCACCCGGCCUCGCCGCGCGUGAGGCGUCGGCCGCCCCAGUGCCAGCGGCUGCAUUCACACAAAAUUACCUGCAUGAGUAGUAAACUGUUAAUCUAGUCUCUCUGUUCAAAUAUUCAAACUCGCACUCCACAAACGCAUAUUUAUGCAGGACCUUUGAAUAGUGCUCUCUAGUACUUUUUCUAUUUUCCAUUGCCGAGACACGGCGUCACAAGGGAUGGGCGAGCUGUUGUAUUAUACUUUUUGCACUGGGGAGGAAAACAAAGCCAUCCGAAAUUUUUCAUUAGAGCCUCGACAUAAAUUACUUGUCUGUGCCCCGAAUUUCCGUUGCUGAUGAGCAAGAGAACUGUGGUGGCUUCCUACAAAGAGACUUAUGAGUGGUACACGAAAUCAAUGUGUUUUGUUGUGGAUGGAUGUGAUGAAGACUAAAUUAAUUGAUAUUGUAACAAAAACAAAAUAAAGUUGUUAUA